AUGGCAAGGAAACGAGACGCUGAAGCCGAGCUCAACUUGCCACCAGGGUUCAGGUUCCACCCCACCGACGAGGAGCUCGUCGUGCACUACCUCUGCCGGAAGGCCGCCGGACAGUACCUGCCAGCUCCUAUCAUCGCAGAGGUCGAUCUUUACAAGCACGACCCGUGGGAACUUCCAGACAAGGCGUUGUUUGGCCAAAAGGAAUGGUAUUUCUUCACCCCUCGGGACAGGAAGUACCCGAAUGGAUCGAGACCGAAUAGGGCCGCUGGGAAAGGAUACUGGAAGGCAACCGGGGCGGAUAAGCCGGUCGUGCCAAAGGAAGGCAACACGACAGUCGGGAUCAAGAAAGCUUUGGUCUUUUACUCCGGGAAGGCACCGCAAGGAACGAAGACAGAUUGGAUCAUGCAUGAGUACAGACUAGCUGAUGCAAAACGCGGUCACAACAAAGGAAGUUUAAGGUUAGAUGAUUGGGUUCUUUGCCGGUUGUACAACAAGAAGAAUACCUGGCAGAAGAAGUCGUCAUCCAUAGCGACCAUGGAUUCGGUCGACGACACAGUGUCAGACAGCUUCAUAACGCCAGAAUCCGACAUUGAAAACGAUAAUGCGCUGCCGAAUAUCAAUGAUCUUAUCAGCACAGCCCAAGCUGGAACUGGACAAAGAAGCCAGAAAGAAGACAGUGAAUGGUUUACGGAUUUGAAACUGGAAGACUUGCAGACCUCUUGCAUGAGUUUUGGAUUACCGGUAGCCAUGAUGGAUGCAACCAACCAAGAUUAUAACUCGCAACUCUUUGCACCUUCGGUUCUGAGGCCAUGUUACACCAACCUGCAACCAUUCUGAAUCAAGAAAAAGACUCGAAAGAUGUAAAUAGCUUAGACUUACAUGGUAGAAGGAUGGUAGAGCAAAGAUAGAAACUUUAGGAUUUGUGUGUUUCAUUAUAUUUGUGUUUCAUGUUGAUGCAUUAUGUACAAAAAUAGGUUUUCCUGAAUGGAGGACUGCAUUUUAUAAUGGAAGGAAUGUUCCGAUUUCUCUAA